ACAGCACAACCUGCUUGCUACUGGCAGUCUCUGGCCUCUCUGCGCUCAUGGCUUCUCCUAACAAGGCAGUGAUURUUCCUGGGAAUGGAGAUGGGGAUGUGGCCACCCACGGCUGGUAUGGCUGGGUGAAAAGGGGGCUGGAGCAGAUACCUGGUUUCCAGUGUCUGGCUAAAAACAUGCCUGACCCAAUUACAGCUCGAGAGAGUAUCUGGCUGCCUUUCAUGGAGACAGAGCUACACUGUGAUGAGAGGACCAUCAUCAUAGGCCACAGUUCUGGGGCCAUUGCAGCCAUGAGAUAUGCAGAAACACAUCGAGUAUAUGCUAUUAUAUUAGUGUCUGCAUACACAUCAGAUUUGGGGGAUGAAAAUGAGCGUGCAAGUGGAUACUUCAACCGUCCCUGGCAGUGGGAGAAGAUCAAGGCCAAUUGCCCUCACAUUGUGCAGUUUGGCUCCACUGAUGAUCCUUUCCUUCCCUGGAAGGAACAACAAGAAGUGGCAGAUAAGUUGGAAGCCAAAUUGUACGAAUUCACUGAUCGCGGCCACUUUCAGAACACAGAGUUUCAUGAACUGAUCAAUGUGGUAAAGUCUGUGCUGAAAGUAUCAGCAUAAUCUGGUGCUUGCUGUUUUGUAUUCCCAUAUAGGAGCAGAGUAAUAACUUCCAUUUUCAGACAAUAACUAGAUAUAAAACAUCCAGUUUAGUUCCAAAAGUGCCUGAAAAACAAACACAAGUUUCAACGUCACACUGAGUUACAGACAAAAUUUCCAUUUUCUGUAGUAUCUAAAUCUUCCCAAAUUGCUCUGAACUGCAGGGUUUUUGUUGUUGUUGUUGUUUUUCCCUAUUUGGUUGGGGACCUACAGGUAGUUCCAUCCUUAUUGAUCCAAAGARCUAAAGUCAGAAAUGGAAACCAGGUGUCCUGAUUCUCAGUCCAGAUUAAAACUAAAUAGAUUUUCAUAUAUGUUAUAGAAUAGUAUUCUUUUCCUCUUUGAAAUAAAACUUUUCUGUUUUGUUGGGGAGAGAAAAUAUGACUAAAGGUCCAGAGUGUUGGCUUAGAGCUCAACUCACUAACUUGUAUUUCAAUCAGCUCUGAAUAUUGUAAAGAGGGAGUAAAUGACUCAAAACUUGGGCCUUUACCACUGCCAUUACCCACUACCCCUUGGUCCUUCAGACAGGUUGAGAGACCAAYACAUAAUGAUGCUGGGUCAAAGAUCUCCCUGAGUCUUGCAGGGAGCAGGAGCACAGGCUAUCUAUAUAUCAGCAAAGGUGACGAAUUUUUGUAAGACAAGACUGGUAAGAUCAGGGUCAUGUGGAGAGCUCAUGUCCUUUCUGAAUUGUUGCCUUGAGGAAAUUGACAAGGUGUUGCCAAUUUUCUUUAAUUUUUUUUUUUGUUGUUGUUACUGGGAAUUGAACCCAG